ACUUGUCAUUUCUUUCGAAUAGACGGUUUUUCAAUUCACAUCCCGAAAUAUAUACGUACUUUCAAUUCGACGUGAAGAUAAUUCGUAAACUUGAAGACACACGAAAUUCAUAAUAUCUUUAAGUUAAGAAGAACUUAUAAAAUAUGCGUUUCGAGGGAUUGUGACCUAAUAGCUUAAUCGAGUGAUGUGUUAUUGCAGUAUACUAUAUGAUUUGAUAAUUUUGUAUGCAUUUGUAACAAUGUAAUACACAAUUUCGUUAUAUAGAUCCACGUAUUAAAGAUUUAAAAAAAGCCUAAUAAUAAAGCGGCUUCACUGUAUAAUCGCUCAUCUCCAUCGGACCUAUAUAAGAGUAUAUCUGAUACGAUCAUUGGAAGUAGUCAAAGACAAAGGAGAUUCGCAGAAUAAAAUAGACAGAAUGUUGCAGAUAAUAUGGACAUGGUGUUUAGUUGUGUCAGUGGCAGAUUUGACAUUGUCCCUUGAAAAUGGCCUGGCAAGAACACCACCUAUGGGCUGGCUUGCCUGGGAACGAUUCAGAUGUAACACAGACUGCAAAAAUGAUCCGGACAAUUGUAUUAGUGAUCGGCUCUUUCGAACAAUGGCAGACAUUGUUGUAGCAGAAGGCUAUGCAGAAGUUGGAUAUGAAUAUAUCAAUAUUGAUGAUUGCUGGUUGGAAAAAGACAGAAGUGUUAGUGGCCAGCUAAUACCAGAUAGACAAAGAUUCCCAUAUGGCAUGAAAAGUCUUGCAAAUUAUAUUCAUUCGAAAGGUCUUAAGUUUGGAAUUUACCAAGAUUUUGGUAACUACACAUGUGCUGGUUAUCCAGGAAUAUUAGGCUAUUCAGAAACUGAUGCACUUACUUUUGCAUCAUGGGAUGUUGACUAUGUAAAAUUAGAUGGAUGUUACUCCCAUCCUUCAGAGAUGGACAGAGGAUAUCCUGAGUUUGGAUUCUAUUUAAAUCAAACUGGUCGACCAAUGAUAUAUUCCUGUAGUUGGCCAGUUUAUCAAAUUUAUGCUGGCAUGCAGCCAAACUAUACUGCCAUAAGAGACCAUUGUAAUUUAUGGAGAAACUUUGAUGAUAUACAAGAUUCAUGGAAUAGUUUAGAAACCAUCAUAGAUUAUUAUGGCAACAAUCAAGAUGCAAUCGUACCAAAUGCUGGUCCUGGUCAUUGGAAUGACCCCGAUAUGUUGAUUAUUGGAAAUUUUGGGCUAAGCUAUGAGCAAAGCAAAACACAAAUGGCGUUAUGGGCAAUAUUAGCAGCGCCUCUAUUAAUGUCUGUCGAUUUAAGAACAAUCAGACCUGAGUACAAAGCUAUUUUACAAAAUAGAAAAAUCAUUGCUGUAGAUCAAGACCCGUUAGGUAUACAGGGUCGUCGAAUUUAUAAACACAAAGGUAUAGAAAUUUGGGCAAGGCCAAUAACUCCUGUUUAUCAAAAUUAUUAUUCUUACGCCAUAGCAUUCGUGAACAGAAGAACGGAUGGUACGCCGUCUGAUGUAUCUGUUACAUUAAAAGAACUUGGCUUACAGUAUCCUGGAGGAUACAAUGUAGAGGAUCUGUAUGAAGAUGUGAAUUAUGGUAUUCUAACGCCACAAACAAAAAUAAAAGUUAAAGUUAAUCCUUCCGGAGUUGUGAUAUUACGGUGCGACUUACAAUUAGAGGAUAUUUUCUCCACGAAUCAAUUUUCGCAAUUUACGCCCUCAAAUCAACUGUUCAAAGUUAGGCAAAACUCAUUUAAAUAAUACGAACUAAGUGUUAAUGAAUUUUAAUUAUACUUUUUUGUCUUGUAACACUUGACAAGAGAACGUUACCAUACUUUGUUAAGAAAGUAGGAAAUAAAAAAUUGUAUAAUCUUUAAUACAAUUUAAUAUAGUUUAUAUAAAAAUA